GACGACUUUGCACUUUCACAAGCUCUUGACAAAUGGACGCUCUCCUCGCUUCCGAUCUCUCGCCUGAGACACUGGCCGCGCUCCAGGCGCACCUCGCUGCGGUCCAAGUCCGCGACGAAGACGACGACGUCUCGGAGGACUUUCGCCUCUCGCAAUUCUGGUACGACCAAAAGACGGGCGACGCGCUGGCGCUCGAGGCGCUUGAGAAGAGCAAGGGCGGUCCGAUCGCGUUCUUGAGCACCCCCGCGGCCUUCAAGGCGCUCAAGGCCAUGGAACCGGAGCGUGAAAACGUCUACUUGUUCGAGUACGACCAUCGGUUUGGUGACAAGUACGGCGAUGCGUUUGCGUUCUACGACUACAACAACCCGCUGGACGUCGACACCAAGUUUCACCAUUUUUUUGAUUAUGUGCUCGUGGAGCCACCGUACCUGACGUCGCAGUGCUUGCGUGGGUUUGCCAAGACGAUGCGCCUCAUCUCGCGUGAAGUCGACAUGGUGGACGGCGUCGAAGUGCUCAAGACGCCCAACACCUUUAUCAACUCGGGCGCGAUGCACAAGGUCAUGUUCAACGAACUCAAGCUCGUGCCCAGCGGGUUUGUCCCGACGUUCGAGUCCAAGCUCUCGAACCGCCUCACGACCUACAUCAACUAUGAGUCGGAGCGCUUCGGCCCUUGCGACCACACGUUCGAUGACGAUGUUGAAGAAUAGAACAAUCCUCGAUCACCCUCGGAGCGCUUCUACC